AUGGACUCGUACGAUGGCGAAAAUCCACUUUUAAGAGAAAUAGAUGACUUUUAUUCUGAAAUACGAUGGAAUAAUCAGUUCAAAUAUAUGGGUAAAUUACCUUCGUAUCUAGAAGAUCAAAUAAAUGAACGUAAACCUAUACUGGAGCAAAACGAUCCUUUCGACAUACAGGAAAAACCGUUGUCAACUGCUCUCAUUCCACUAGAUAAUACCACAAGAGAUGUUGCGGGCGAAUCUUUACUAGAUAGAUACCAAAAGUUGAUAACACAGGAACCUCGAAAACACAACCCGUGGAAACUCUCAAAAGUGAUAAACGGCCACCUUGGUUGGGUGAGAUGUAUAGCGAUGGAUCCUGUCGAUAAUGAAUGGUUUGCCACGGGGAGUAAUGAUUCUACGAUCAAAGUAUGGGAUUUUGCUUCCGGUAAAUUGAAAUUGACAUUAUCUGGCCACGUAAUGGGCGUUAGAGAUCUGGUAGUGUCCAAGAGGCAUCCUUACAUGUUCUCUGCAAGUGAAGAUAAACUAGUGAAAUGCUGGGAUCUGGAAAAGAAUGCCCCCAUCAGAGACUAUUUUGGUCAUCUUUCAGGUGUACAUACCGUCGAUAUUCAUCCAACUUUAUCUCUAAUUGCAUCGGCAGGUAGAGAUAGUGUAGUUAAAUUAUGGGACAUUAGAAGCAAAAAAGCAGUUAUAACGUUGGUUGGACACAAGAGUCCGAUAAAUAGCGUCAAAUGCACGCCUGCGGAUCCACAAAUCAUUAGUUGUUCCAAUGAUACUACAGUGAUAACAUGGGAUCUUGUUGCAGCGAAGCCAAUGAAAGUAAUAACACAUCAUAGGAAGGCAGUCAGAGAUAUCGCAGUACAUCCAGGAGAAUUUUCUGUGGCAUCCUGCUCUACAAAUGAUAUCAGAUCGUGGAAAUUACCUGAAGGAUCCCUCCUAACUAAUUUCGAAUCACAAAAUUCUGGGAUAAUUAACACAUUAUGUGUAAAUCAAGAUGACGUCUUAUUUGCCGGUGCAGAUGAUGGUACACUUUCAUUCUAUGAUUACAGGUCAGGACACAAAUAUCAAUCCUUCAAGACAAAACAAAUGCCUGGAUCCUUAGAAAGUGAACGUGGAAUUUUAUCCAGUAGUUUCGAUAUGACAGGUCUUAGAUUAAUCACAGGGGAAACAGACAAAAGUAUAAAAAUAUGGAAACAAGAAUUUGAUUCUGAAUUUGAAGAAUUGCCCUGGAAUCCGAUCUUAUCAUCUCAAAGAUUUUAA